AUGUCAAUAGAAAUAUCUAAAAUACCUACUGGUAGUCAGAGCGUUAAAUUCUUCUCUCAAAUGACUGAGAAAAGAAUGCUUGUAAAACGAGUUGGUUGGAUUUCAAACGAAGACCUUCAAAUAUGUAUUUCAAAAAAUUUUGUUGCAUUAAUAUCUAAUACAAGUUAUGAAACAGUAGAUGUUUGGGAUUGGCAAAGUAUAGUUGGAAUUCAACCAUCAAUUCAAAACAGUGAAGAAUUUAUUAUUGUAGUAGGAUCUACAAAACAUAAGAUGCUUUCAAAUAAUAGAAGUUAUUUAUUAUGUUUAUUAUUGCAAUAUAAAUACAAAACAAAACACCAAGAAUUUACAACAUUUAAUGCCAAGAAAAUUAAAGUUAAUAAACAGUCAAUUGAUAUAUGUAUUCAAAUUCAACCUUAUGGAAUUAUUGAAAUGUCAAACAAGCCUGGAAAGAAAGAAAAAAUCAUUUUACUAACAGAUAUUAUUAGAAUUAUACCAUUAGAUGAUAGUCAGUCUAUUGCAUUAGUUUUUGAUGGGAAUCAAUUUAUAAUUUAUUCUUUUUCUGAUAGAAGGAAAUUUGCUGCAGAAAUUCUAACGAGAUGUAAACAAAUUGGAAUUAAAAUGUCUGUUGGAAAUGAGCUAUCAAUUGAAAAUUUAUUUAAGUCAUCAAAUAUAAGAAAAGUUGAACAAGAAGAUGGUGGUUCUUUAGUAGAACUAAAAGCUUCACAUGGACCUGGAAAGAUAGAAAGAAUUAUUUGUUUUACUGAAAAAUGGUUUGUUGAAAGAGAUGCAUCUUCUUAUACGGUUAAGUAUGCAAGAGCAUUAAACGAUGUUAUUCAUAUCUUAAGAGGUCGUGAUGCUAUGGAAGUAGUUGUUACUUUUGCAGAUGGAAAUCAAAGAGUAUAUUAUACUAGUCAAAGAGAAGCAUUUAUUGCUACAUUAUUCGAUUGUUCAUUAGCAGCUAAAGCUGAUCCUAUUAUUUCUGAUAUCCCAAGAUUUGGUUCAUUGAUUAUUGAAAGAAUGACAGCAAGUGAAUGUGGACAAAGUGAACUUACUUUAUUAAAGAAUAUUGCUAAUUUUGAUCCAACAAAAAUUACUGGAAUUGAAGCAGUGGAAUUAUUUAUGAUUCAUGUUUUCUUAUUAAAUAAUAAUAUGCCACCUUCUGGACCACAAUUUGCUGAAGCUAGUCGUUCAAAAUUAAUUAUACAAGCAUUAGAAAAAUUAUUAACAAUAGGAAAACCUGGAGAAGGAUUUUUACAAUGUCUACAUAGAUUGUUAUCAACUAGAAUUGGAUAUGAGUCAUUUGUAGAGAAUAAGCGUAUAACAGAAAAAGUAACAGAAGUAAUUGGAAUGGCACUCCAAAGUGUUAAACCAAUUGUAUUAUUUUGGGCAUUAAGAAUUACAUCAAUCUUAUUAUGUUCUAGUGCUGACGAAAAUAUUGAAAAAAAAGGUAAAUUAGAAGUUAUGACACAUGGAAUUCCUGAGAGAAUCUUUGCUACAUUAGUUGGUAAUAUUAAAAAAGGGUCUCCCCUUGUCAUCCAUGGUUGUGUUACAGCUUUUAAAUAUAUUGUUUGUGAACCAUAUUCUUAUACCACAGAAUUUAAUAUGUUCAAUAGAAUGAUGAAUAUAAUUAGUGGAUUAGGAAGAGAUGUAUUUAUGUUAUUCCAAUCACCAUGUAUUUCUAUUCCACAUAUUGCUGGCCAAAUACUGAGGGCGCUAGUUGAAGAAACAGAUAUGGAUGAACGAAUUAAAGAAUUACAAGACUAUGCAUUACUAGAAGGAACAACCUUGAAAUAUCUUCAAAUAGCUU